GACAGGGAUAUUUUACUUUCUGCAUAUUUUUCGGUCGUCUCAGCUCAGCUCCACAUUCCGCGAAAAUGAGUGUAGAAAGUGACAAGAAUGAACUCUCCAACGUUGACAAGUCAAGUAUUAUGAGCCAUGAAGGAAAUACAAAGUGGCUUGAUGCUCACAAUGACCCCGUUGCAAGCCUAUAUACCUUCUCAUCAUGUAUGGCCUUUUCGGACAUAUCUGGCGACGGAGAAGCAAAGCUCGUCAUCGCUGACCUUGGAACAGGAACUUUUGACAUGAAGCUUAAGGUUUACAAAGGAACUACCCUGAUAAGUGAGAAUGCUAUCAUUGAUCUACCAACAGGUGUCUGUACGUUCUACAUGGAUAACAAUGAACCUAGAGUACCAGCUAUUGGUGUAGCAUCAGGUCCAUACUUGUACGUCUACAAGAAUCUGAGGCCUUAUUUCAAGUUUACUCUCCCUCCUCUUGAUGUCAACCCAGUUGAACAAGACUUAUGGAAUCAGGCUAGGGAAGAUAAAAUUGAUGUCACUGUCCUGAGGGAGAUGCUAGAUAGCAUAAGACGAGAAGGAAAUGAGGGAGCCCUAACCGUUAGAUCUCUCAAGUUUUUAAUGUUACAAGACAGGGAACAGAUGGAAUCCUUUGCUAAUUUACAUAAAGUAGGCCAGCUUAAAAGACAGACUGUGAUAACCUGUCUUGAUACAUUGCAUAAGAGCACAUCUGAUGAUGAUGCUAUCAGCUGCUUAGUAGUUGGAACAGAGAGUAGAGAGAUCUAUGUCUUAGACCCGGAGGCUUUCACCAUUCUUACAAAGAUGGCUGUUCCAAGUGUUCCAGUAUUUCUGAGUGUAUCAGGGCUGUAUGAUGUAGAGUUUAGAAUCAUCAUGUCUUGUAGGAAUGGAAAUGUUUAUACACUCAAGAGGGGGAUGAAGAUGGCCAAACUUUGCUUUGAGUUGAAUUCACAACCCGUAGGUCUACAGAGGGUUGGUAAAAACAUCAUUGUUGGCUGCAUGGAUCAGACAUUACAGUGUUACACAACAAAGGGUAAGAAGCUAUGGACAGUAUACCUCCCUGCUGCUAUUACUACAAUGGAUCUAAUGGAUCAUAGACAGAAGGGAUUUAAAGCAGUCAUGGUUGCUCUCAGGAAUGGUGAAGUUCACAUCUACAGGGAUAAGUUCCUCAUUAACUCUAUCAAAACAGAGGACAUCAUCACUGGUCUAAAGUUUGGUAGGUUUGGUCGUGAGGAUAGCACCCUUGUAAUGAGUACCAAGCGAGGGGGUCUCAUUGUCAAGAUCCUUAAGAGAAAUGCAGCCUUUGAAGAUAAAGACAUGGUUAGAGGACCUCCGGCUUCACAGCAACAGAAGCUUAAUGUUCCCAAGAAAACAAAGGUCUUUGUAGAUCAGACUAUGAGAGAGAGGGAACAUGGUGUCUCUAUGCAUCGGAUGUUCCAGCAUGACUUGUAUAGGUUACGGCUCACUACAGCUAGAGCGUUUGUGAAGGCCCUAGAUUCAAGCCUCACACCGGUCUCUAAUAACCUCAAUGAACCCAUCAAGCUCUCAGCUCAUGUCCAUGGUAUAGGACCAACAUUCAAGUUGACUGUGAGUUUACAGAACACAUCCUUGAGCAAACCAUCUUUAGGUCUACUCAUCAGUUUCCUGUAUGAUGAGAAACUGUACUCUCUACAGAAGACCAUGAUCCCAGUACCUAUCCUUGUUCCUGGUCUGAACUACACCUAUGAGACACUGGUAGAAUGCAUGAGUGAUAAAGGAAUAGCUGAUGUUAUAAAGGUAUUUGUUGUUAAAGAAGGCAGAAGUACACCUAUCAUCACAGCAGUAAUCAACAUGCCAGUCAGUGAGACCAUGGUUGUCGUAUGAAGCUCCCGGAAUGAGCCUUUUGACUACCGAGUUCUGCCAUUCCCAUAGGCUUGUACAUGGACCAUUCUGUUCCAGUAGACCAUGGGUUAACUCAUUGACUACUGAUUUUCCGUGAAACCCUAAAAGCCUGGUCACACCGCCCGAGCGUUGUUGGAGCGGUCAUGGAGCGGAGAGAAAAAAAUCAUCACCGUUCGCUACCGUUCACCAUUUUCGAUUUCGAUUGUUUUUUUUCCGAUUUUUUCCCCCAAUUUUGUAAGCAAAAUUCAACCCUCUCUCCCUACUGCUCCACGACCGCUCCAACAACGCUUGGGCGUUGUGACCAGGCCUUUAGGCUUGUGUAUGGACCAUUCUGUUCCAGUAGACCAUAGGUUAACUACUGAUUGUCUGUGAAACCCAUAGGCUUGUAUAUGGACCAUUCUGUUCUAGUAGUUAAAUGGUUAAGAUAGAAUGACAGACCCUGAUAAUAGAUAAAGGCAGAAAAUGAUAUUCAUGUAAAAGUUGGGUUUUGUCUUUCUUUGCAAACCCAAUAUAUCAAUGACAAAUGAGUGAAAGUAAAAAGAUGUUGACAGACAAUGACAUAAAAUAAUAAUCUGUUUAUUUUAUCUAAUCCCAUGUUCCUCUAUUCUUACAAUUUUUUACGAGCUAUUCAAGUCAUAAUCAUUGGAGAGCAUUAUAACCUUGCAUUAAAAAUAAACACAAAUGGUUUCAGGAUGGUUCAAUUUAUAUUGGUAGAAUUAGCAUUGAAAUAAAGAAAGUAGAAUUGAUCAUUUGUUUAAAAGCCUUGCCAGACCAGAUUGUAUCAUAUCUUUUGUGCUUUAUUUUGAAGAAUGUCCAACCACCGGGUAUCUGAAAUAUGGACAUUGAGAAUUCAUGCGAGGUAUGUUUACUGAAUGUUCAGUCAGAGUCUGUGUAUCAAGAUAGUCUGUGGUUUGAAACCAAGUUAAUGAGCUAGUGCCUUUGGUGUCAUCAUGAUCAGCUCUAGAUCUAGCUGGAUCAGAUACAUUACAAUAUCGAUUGUCAAAUUGUUUUAUGCACAAUGGCUGACCAGUCCACAGUUUCUGUCUGAUCCCGCUAGAUCUAUCAUUGCUGAUUAUCACAUUCUUCUGAACCUAGGUAAAACUUCUGCAAUGAAUUUAAGAAAUCUUUGAGAACUUUCCAUGGCAAAUGAGUAUAUGGCAGCAGAAGUUUUGUGGUAAACUUCACCCCAUAUCUUUUCUUAAGGUGUGGUGUGAUGAAAAUGCUAUUUUUUUCUUUAGUGUGUCGCUAACCAUGUUUUAGAGAUUGAAUGAUUUUUUUUAUAGACAAGGUACAUGUAAUAAAUCAAAUACAUAUAGUAAUUACUAAAAAUUUUAUGCAUUUUCGAUGUCUCUUCAGGCUUUAUUAGAUACAUCUAUUAUUACCCUGGUCAAUGGUAUGCAUACAAAAGAACAGAAUUGUUUACAGAGUUUCUGUUUGACUGAAUGUUAAAUGCCUAAUUUUGGUAUCAAAAUAGGCAUGGUUAAAAUCUUCUUUCAGGAGUGGGAGGAACAAAGAUGUCACUGUUUAACAGACAUAUGUUCUGCCGUCAUCCAUGUAGUAUUAUUUGCUUGUGGACAGUGGCACAUUAAAAACAAAAUGUCCUGAUGUAUGUCCUUUCAAGUAACUUUUGUCUGUUUGCUUCAACUUUAAAAUUGGAGAAGCAUCUACUGGUUAGAUUUAUCCGUCCAUCCUAUAUAUGCAUUAUAUGAUACCUUUGCCUUGUCUGGGAAUGAGUUGAUAAUCAUUGUUACAUGAAAACAUUCAUGAAAUGAUUAGUAUCAGGGUGCAUAAUGACUGGUUACCUGUUUGGGGUGAUAAAUCAGAUUCUUGGUCAUUUCAUUCCUAUUCAGCUAAAUUCUGGUAAUUUCAGAUUGAUUUGAAUGUUUAAUGAUCGAAUUCAAAUUUAAUUAUUAGUCAAAAUUAUAUUGUUGCAAAUUCACUCCCAGUAGAUUGGAAAAAAUGAGGUGUUUGGCUUAAUAUCAUGCCUAACUUUUGGACAGGUUUAUUCAACCUUGUCCUAUGGUUUUAACAUGGAGACAUUUAAUUGAUAUUCAUGAUUCAAUUUGUAAACAAGGAUUGUUAUAGGCUUAAUAUUGAGUUUGAUUUUGCAAUUAAUUGUAUCUUUUAGUUUACAAGGCCUAUUUUUUUAUUCCAAUAAUUGAAUGCAUUAAAAAUAUAUAUUUCAUAUAUUAAUUUCUACUGUGACCCUAUGGAAUAGAUAAUGAAUUUGGUACUAAUAUGCCAAGAUAUUGGAGAAUUGUGCUUUGAAGUUGUGAUGGAGAUAUUUCACCUUGAAAUUUUAUUGCAAUGCUGUUAUGUACUAAUGAAUUUCCAUUUUUUGGAAGUCUUGCUUUGCUUAUAUAUUAUACAUCAUCAUUUUCAGUAGUUUGUGAAGACUUUGGUAUUCAAAUAGAAAAUAUUUAAAUCAGUUAUGACUUGAUUUUUUUUCUCCCUGCCUCUGUUCAUAUUGAAAGAGUACUUUCUGAAUAUUUUUCACAUGAAUAUAUUCCAUGGUAUUUCUUUGCAGUAUAACUUAUUGCUAUAAAUGUUGUAUUCUAACUUAAUUUGUAAAUAUAUAUAUUUCAACUUAAGAAUGUAUAUAUUGAUUGUUUCAUAUCAUAGUAUUCAUUCAUAGAGAUUAAAAUUUUAUGUUUGAACUCA